AUGACAACAGCUAAAAAUAUUUUAGAAAAAGUUUCUGAUGAUGAAUUACGUAGUUUAAUGAAAUCAUUUUUAAAAUCACUUGAUCCUGUGUUAUUAAAAGCUGCACGACGUGGAUCAACAAAUAUAACAUUUACUGAUGAUCAACUUAUUCAUUCAUUAUCAUCAACAGCUAAUGAUAUUGCUCAUAAUUCAGAUUUAUUAAGACGUUUACAUUAUAUUGUUGAUGAUGCAUUUGGUGAUAUGAUUGAUAAAGAAAUAGAACGUUCAAUGUCAUCAAAAAAAUCAAUAAAAAAACAAAAACAACAAUUAAAUAAAAGUAAAUUAGAACAUGAAGGUGCAUCAACUAUAAGUCAAACAAUAACUGAAACACGUGAAUUUUCAUCAUUUCGUACUGAUGUUUUACGACGUCUACAUUCAACACUUGGUGAUUUAGUUGAAAAUUUUAAUGAAGAAUUUCCAUUAAGUUUAUCAUCCUCAACAUCACUUGGUAUUGCAUCUGAUACCUUAAUAUCUGAUAAUCGAACAAUAAUUGGAACAUCAGUUGAAUUAAGUCAAAUUAAUGAAAAUCGUCAUUCAGCUACUGGUGGUGGUGGUUCAUCAUCAUAUAAUAUUAGUUAUGGAAGUGAUUCUGAAACAUCAUACACAAAUGGAUCUAGUGGACGUCAUAAAAGUUUUAUGUUUUUUGAUGAUAAUCAUUUACGUACAGUUGCUGAUAAUUUAUCAGCAACAAGACCAGAAAAAGUUCGUCUUCGUGCUUUGAAUGAUCUAUUAAAUUAUGCUCCAAAUGAAGCUAUUUCAAUUGGUAGUUGGAAAAUACUUUGUCCAAAUUUAAUUAUUGCAUUAGGUGAUACGAAUCUUGAAAUAGCAAUGGCUUGUCUUACAUUACAUUCGCGUUUAUUAGCAGCAGCAAAUAUGAGUGUUGUUUGUGAAACUCUUACUAAUCUUGUUGAUCAUUUAGUACACUGGUUUUCUUCAUCGAAUGUUAUUGAAUUACAACCUACAGCUAUUUCACUUGAUAUUCAAAAUCCAAUUGUUGAAAUGAAAUUUAAACAAAUUCGUCUUAUACUGGAAUUUCUUCAAGAAACAACAAAAUAUUGGAUGAGAUAUUCAGAAAGUCAUGUUGAACAUAUAAUUAAUGAAACUGUACGCCUUUUUUCUUUGGGUUCAAUACCAUCGGAACCAAAUGGUGGUCGAAUACUUCCACUUCAUUUUGUAGCAUUACUUGAUCCAGAAGCCAAUUGGUUUCGUACAUGGAUGCAUGCAACUUAUAGUCGAGCAUAUGUAUUACGUUCAUUGACAAAUAAGAAAACUUUAUUAAUAAAUGCAUAUCAAUCAAUUGUUAAUUAUGCUCAUACACAUUCACAACAAAUGCAUAUGGGAAAUGAUGGCAAUGAUAAUUCAUUAUAUCCAUCAGGCAUUCGAAAAAGACCUAUUGGUACGGCUUCAUCUGAUGGUAGUAUUCGAUCAAUGAUAACAACAACAAGUGGACCACCAUCAGCACCAUCGUUUCUUUCAAAUUUUAUAUCACCACCUAUGUCUGUUAUACCACCGAUUCAUCCACCACCAGCUGUACCAGCAAGUUCAUCACAUUAUACACGUCUUGAACUUGCUAAUGUACAUUUUGUUCAUUCACUUUCUUUAUUUGAACAUGUUGUUUGUUCAAAACAAGCACGUCAUAUAGUUUUUCCAAUUAUAAUUAAUAAUGAUAAACAAAUUAAUGUUAAAGAUCUACUUCGAGUAUUUAUUCAAAUAAUGUUUGUUGCAAAUAGUGGAAAAAUAGCUUCAUCUUUAUGUUGUCAAUUAUUUAAAAGACUUUGUCUUGAAUCAGAUACAUGUGGUCCAUUAAUGUGUAGUGAUGAUUUAUUUGAUACAUUAGUUAAACCAAUAAAACAAUUUCUUGGAUCAAAAAAAAUGUUUAAUGAUUAUUUAAGAUCAAAUAAUAAUAUUGUUCAUGAAUAUGGUCUUAUUGGUCUUGCUGAUUUACUUGCUGCUAUGGCAUCAAAUGAUAUUGGUUAUCAAUAUCUUAUACGAGCUUCAACAACAUCAAAUAUAGGAUCACCAGCAUCAUUAAUUGUUACUUAUGUUAAACGUAUAUUAUCUCAAUAUACAAAUAGUAGAUUAAGUUUAAUAACACCUGAUUUAUCAUUAACAACAUCAUAUUCAUUUAUGCCAACAGUAUUAUUAUCGGAAUUUAUUUAUGUAUGUCGAUUAAUUUAUUCUCGUACAUCGGGUUUACUUGUAAUUAAAAGGACACAAUUACAUAAAUCACUUGCUGAAGCAUUUAGAAUUGAGAUGGAAAAAAAUAGUUCACCAUCAUUAAAUCGAAGUCCAUCAGCUGAAUCCGAAGAUCAAAUGAGUCGUAAUAUUAUGCCAUGGAAAGAAACAUUACUUGAUAAUUUAUUAUUAUUUGCUGCAACACCAAAAGGCAUGUAUCUUUUAACACAAACUAGUUUUCUACCCGAAUGUGUUAUUUAUAUUGAUGAACGUUGGCGUUUACAAGCUCAAGUAGGUAAAUUAGAACAAUAUGGUUUUGGAUAUUUACUAUCACAGAUGGCUAAUACACCAGCUGUUGUAGCGCGUCUUGAUCAUUCAGGUUUUGUUGAAUAUUUAAUUGAUCGACUUUGGAAGGAGUUAGAACAUGUACCUGAUGAUUUAACAAGUGUAUUUCCUCGACGUUUUCCAUCUGAACCAAUUAGUCGAUAUGCUUUAAAACCUUUAUUAAGUCUUCUUUCACUUUUUUCUUCAUUUUCUGCUGCUUAUGAAUUAUUAUCAACAGAUAAUAAUGAAUCAUUAACACCAAAUAAUAUCGAAAAAAAUCCCAAACCACGUACACUUCUCACUUUACUUGAACGAAUUUCUUUUGUUAGUGAUGAUACUGGUAUUCGAAGUCUUCUUUGCUAUGAACAUACACAUACUGCUGGAUUAAGAAUAUUAUCAAUAAUGCAAUCAGAUUUAGAUGUUCAAUUAAUGCUUGAAAUAAAAUAUAAUUAUAUUGAAAAAUUAAGACAAGCACAAGCUGAAAUGGAAUCAGGAGGAAAUAUUAUUUUAGAUCAAUUAAGUUUAGCACGUAAUCAUGUUCUUGUUAAUGCAGAAUUAUUAGGUGGAUCUCAAGAGAAAAAUAUCCCACCAUGGACAUUAAAUGAAGAUGAUUUAACAUUAUUAACGUCAAUACCAUUAUUUGCUGGUUCUAUGCCAUUACCUGAUUUUUAUAUUAUUAAAGCAACUUAUGGAGGAUUAAAUAGUACAAAAAUCGGUAAAUAUUUAUUACAAAGAAUAUUAUUAAUUGUUAACAAAAAAUAAAAUAGUAUAUGAAUAUUGUUAUUUAUAUUCGAAAUAAUUAAUUUUGAGAAAUCAUAGAAAGACAAUCCCUAAAGCUUUAAUGAGAUAAAGUUGAUGUUAUUUUCUUUAUUGAUUUAUAAAUUAUUUCCUUAGACAAAAAUUUUUAAUCAAAUAUCUAUCUUCAUUUUGUAAUUCUAAUGGAAGAAAGUUAUUAACAAGUGAUUGUUAAUUCAAUAGGAAUAUUGAAUAAUUUUUAUUAGCUUCAUAGCAUAUAAUAAUCUAGAAUAAUUUUCUCGAGAAUGAUAUAUAGAAUAUGCUUUUCUUGAGUUCAAAAUAAUAUUG